GCGUUCUGCCUCCGUCUCCUCCUUGCGCGCCGCAGUGAUUCGCUCCUUCAGUAUCCGAGGCUUGUUCCUCACAUCAGCAUCUUGUCCGCAGUUCAUCUCCCCAAAUAACCUCGACAAGGCAUGAGCUUAGGACUCUUAUCCAGCUAAAUUUCGGAUUUAAAGCGGGCAGAGGACAGCGUUGUUCCCUGGUCAUCAUUUGAAACCAUGCCUGUUCCAGAACAACCGGCUGAAGCAGAGAAGGCCACCAUGCUUGGACUGAGCGCUUCCAAUGGGGAUGGAUCUGAAACAGAAACCACAUCUGCCAUCCUGGCCUCGGUCAAAGAGCAAGAGCUUCAGUUCGAAAGAUUAACUCGAGAGCUGGAGGCGGAGCGUCAGAUAGUUGCUACUCAAUUGGAGCGAUGCAAGCUGGGCUCUGAGACAGGUGGCAGCAUGAACAGUAUCAGCUCAGCCGAUGAUCAGUAUCGCUGGAAUACUCAAGACGGACAGAAAGACAUUGAGGAGGAACUGAAUACGGGUCUGGAAUUAGUUGAUUCGUGUAUUCGCUCCCUGCAGGAGUCAGGAAUCUUGGAUCAUCAGGAAUACAGCACAGCUGAUAGACCGAGUCUGCUUUCUCAGAGCUCACUGCAGCUCAGCUCAAACCCAGAGGGCUGCCUCCAGUUUUCCUCCAGCCACCAUAGUAACCAGACUCUGGCCCUGAGCGACUGCUUGACCACAUCAAAACCUCCGCCUCCUCAGCCUCCUCCACGCUCCAGCGGUCAGCCCGGAGGAGCCGUGCACAGCUACAACCAGGUGACAUCUAACCGUGCGGCCCAGCUUGCCGCGGGUGACUCCGUGCAGAGCCAUGGCGGUGCCCUGCUGUUCGAUUCCCAGCAGCCGUCUGCAGCGUCCGGACCGGGCCUAUACUAUUCCAGCUCUACUCUGCCUGCCCAGCGUGUCAGCUCGGCCAUGAACUCAAUGCAGACCGCGGCAGCCGGCGGCUCCCCGACUAAACUGCAGCGUCUGGGUUCGGCUUCUGACGCACCCAGCUACGCCACCACCCAGCGCCUGCCCUCAUCUUCUUCUUCGGCCUCCCCCAAGCCUUCACCCGGGAGACUUGCAAAAUCUUACAGCAGUAGCUCACCUAUCAAUGCGGUGGGGAUCGGAGGAUCGCCCGGUACGCACGCUUCAGGGUCUCCUCUACGGCUAGCGUCUCCACCCAAUAACGCAUCACCCACCUACCAGCAGCUGCAGACGGCAGGAGUGUCCAAUUACGCCACUCUCUCGCCUAAAAGGCUCGUGCACUCGGCAGAGCAGUACAAGAUCUCCCACGAUCUAUACGCAACUGCCACUUUACAGAGACCGGGCAGCCUUGCUGGGUCUCGAGGUUCCUACAGCAGUCAGCAUGCCCAUGCGGGCCCCGAACUGAGGCCCCUGCAGUCCCCUGAGCAUCAUAUUGACCCCAUAUAUGAGGAUAGAGUAUAUCAGAAAGUCCCAAUGAGAAGUUUGAGCCAGAGUCAGGCAGAAGCGCUCCCUCCAGGCCAUACAGGAACCUACCGGAAUAACACAGCCCCAUCCUCCCCUGGUGUCGACUCCGUACCCUUGCAGCGAACAGGGAGUCAAAAUGCCACAGGGACGUUUCCCAGAGGCGGCUACGCUUCCGGCCAGAGCGCCAGUUACGCUGACACUUACCGCACCUUGCCGUACUGCUCAUCCGUGGAGUCUCCCUACAGCAAGUCAGGUCCUGCCCUGCCACCAGAGGGCAACCUGGCACGAUCUCCCUCUAUAGACAGCAUUCAAAAGGAUCCCAGGGAGUUCGGUUGGCGAGACCCGGAGUUGCCCGAGGUCAUUCAGAUGUUACAGCACCAGUUUCCUUCGGUUCAAUCCAACGCAGCGGCAUACCUGCAGCAUCUGUGCUUCGGAGACAACAAGAUUAAAGCCGAGAUACGAAGACAAGGUGGUAUUCAGCUAUUGGUGGACCUGCUGGAUCACCGGAUGGCUGAAGUACACAGAAGCGCCUGUGGUGCCCUGAGAAACCUUGUUUACGGCAAGGCCAACGACGAAAACAAAAUUGCCUUGAAAAACUGCGGAGGCAUCCCUGCGCUGGUACGUCUGCUCCGGAAGACCUCCGAUGUGGAGGUCAGAGAACUAGUUACAGGUGUAUUGUGGAACCUGUCAUCAUGUGAUGCUCUCAAGAUGCCUAUAAUCCAGGAUGCUCUAGCAGUGUUGACCAACACAGUGAUUAUACCCCAUUCUACCUGGGAUGUCUCUCCACAUCAGGAUGACCGCAAGCUACAAAUGCACACGUCUCAAGUCCUACGAAAUGCAACAGGCUGCCUGAGGAAUGUAAGUUCGGCAGGGGAGGAAGCUCGGAGGCGAAUGAGAGAAUGUGACGGCCUGACCGACACGUUGCUUUUUGUCAUCCAGACGUCACUCGGAAGCAGUGAGAUUGAUAGCAAGACCAUAGAAAACUGUGUAUGCAUCUUGAGGAACCUCUCAUAUCGGCUAGCAGCUGAAACGUCUCAGGGACAGCAGAUGGGGACAGAAGAGCUGGACGGUCUCCUGUGCAGCGAUGGUGGUGGAAAGGACGGCGAGACCUCAGGCUGCUGGGGGAAGAAGAAAAAGAAGAAGAAGUCCCAGGAUCAGUGGGAUGGUGUUGGCCCACUCCCGGAUACCGCCGAGCCCCCCAAGGGAGUUCAGAUGUUGUGGCAUCCCUCAAUAGUCAAGCCUUACCUCACCCUCCUGUCUGAGUGCUCCAACCCGGACACACUGGAGGGGGCUGCCGGGGCUUUGCAGAACCUGGCCGCAGGAAGUUGGAAGUGGUCCGUGUACAUUCGUGCAGCAGUGAGGAAAGAGAAGGGUCUGCCCAUCCUCGUGGAGCUACUGAGAAUAGACAACGACCGUGUGGUUUGUGCGGUCGCCACGGCGCUCAGAAACAUGGCGUUGGACGUCAGAAAUAAAGAGUUAAUCGGUAAAUAUGCAAUGCGGGACCUCAUCCAUCGCCUGCCGGGCGGAAGCAAUGCUAGCGGUGGCACUGCCAACAGCACAGCGGGUAAAACCAUGUGCGACGACACUGUAACAGCUAUAUGCUGCGCCCUGCACGAGGUCAUCACCAAGAACAUGGAGAACGCCAAAGCUUUACGAGACGCAGGUGGCAUCGAAAAGCUAAUCGGUAUUGCCAGAAGUAAAGGAGACAAACAUUCACCUAAAGUGGUGAAGGCAGCAUCUCAGGUUCUCAGCAGCAUGUGGCAGUACAGAGAUCUCCGGAGCCUUUAUAAAAAGGAUGGCUAUUCGCAGUAUCACUUUGUCGGUUCUGCCUCAACAAUAGAGAGAGACAGACAGAGACCAUACUCAUCCUCACGCACUCCAUCAGUAUCCCCUGUCCGGACGUCGCCCAACAACCGAUCAGUCAGCGCCCCUGCCUCACCCAGAGAGAUGAUCAGCCUCAAGGACAGGAAGAGCGACUACGACUCCACUGGAACCAACGCCAGUUACCAUGGAAACAAAGGAGAGCACAAUUCCAGAAAAGACUCAAUGGCAGUUCAAACCUCAUGUGGGACAUCAACGUUGUUCCGGAACUCGUACGAAACUUCAAAUGAAGAGAUCAAACACAACCAGGUCCCGGCGCCACCCGCACCACAAGAGCCCGUACACACAGACUACGAUGUGUAUCCCAUCUACCAAAACUCCACUAGGAACUUUGAGGAGCCAUUUUUCGAAGAUCAGGUCCAUCGCCCACCUCCCGCCACUGAUGUGAAUAUGCACCUGGGACUCAAGUCCACCGGGAAUUACGUGGACUUCUAUUCUGCUGCCCGUCCCUAUAGUGAACUCAACUACGAAACGAGUCACUACCCCGCCUCUCCGGACUCUUGGGUUUAGGACUUCGCGACCCCGGAUAGGAGGUGGAGGCGGGCACGCAGAGUGGACGGGAUACUGCAUGUGCAUGAUUAUCACGAAACAUUUCUCAGCAAGUUUUGUUUGUUUAAGCUGGUUUCACAGUGAAUAGGAGAAGAAAUGAGCAAAGAGAGAGAGAGAGAGAGAGAGAGAAAAGAAGGCCUUGAGAAAAAAAAUGAGAGAAGAGAGAACGUACUGUAUACGAGAUGAGAGAAGGCACAUACUUUAAAGGAACCAAAAGCUAACCUUUGGAGUAGAGAGUGGGUUCGUACUGAAAGGUUUUUGAAAAGUGUAGGUAAUAAAAGAGAUUGCACAAGUAUAGCAUUUGGAAGGAGAGCUACGUAAGUACAAGAAAAUGUUAUUAACAUGAGCUACGGAAACAGCUUUUCACCUUUUCAAAAACGUCCUUUUCAUUCAUUUGACGUCAUGCUGGAUCAAAAGAUCUUGGUUAGUAAGGAAGAUAUCUUUUAUCCUCUAUUUUUGCUUUUUUUAUUUGACCUUUUUUAAUUUGUUGAUGUAAAGUAUUUGGUGUACAUUAAAGAAAUGCAUUACAUAAGUGCAUUGUGUAAAAAUGACACGGACCACCCGGUUCUCCCGUGGCUAUCGUUUUACAGUUCAAAGAAAAAAAGAAAAAAACAAACACCUGGGGAGGUGCAUCAACCAUUCACGUUCCCCUGCUGAAAUGCAAAUACUUUUAAAGCGCAAGGAUGCAUAUGCUAGUGUUGUUGAAAAUGUGAAGAUGUGUGUGGCAACUAAAGCAGAACAAAAGCAGAAACCAGAGCAUCAUUCCACACUCCUUGUCAAUGAAGUGCUUUCUCACUGCCUAAAAAAAAAGAUGUAGUUUUUAAUCUUUUCUUUUUUUUUAUUUGAACUUAAAUCAGAUUUUUUUUACCCAGUGUGAAAAAAUUAAGACAAUUUGUCAUUCAUAUUUCCAGAGAAAGUGUCCGUUUUAGACCGAGUUUUCUGUGUUACUGAUAUGAAAACUAACAUAGUGCCAAAUUUUUAAAUCUGUCAGCACUGGAGACAUUUUUAAGUUACUAUAACUAGUUAUUUCUUCUUUGUACCUGCUUUUUUGUUCACAAGUGUGUUUUACUUGAAUUAUGCUACGUCUAAAAAACACUGGAAUACCGGGAGAGGAAAUCUUUGCAAGACUAAUUCCCUCCAAAGAUGUACAAACCUGUCUCUCAGUGUUAGUUGAGUGUGUGCUGUAUGUCGCUCGGUGUUUGAUUCGAGAGCUUUCGUUUCUGACAGGUGACUUUUACUGUUUGAUUUGACAUAAGGUAAUGCUACACUGAAAUGUUAAUAGAGAAUGAUAAAUAUAUAAAUAUGAAUAUAAAUAUAGAUCUAUAUAAUUUUUAUGUGCAGAUGUCAGUGUCUGAAAGCAACCGAUCAGAAAAAGACUUGUACAAAUCGAUUCUGUUUACCUUCAUGUUCCAACAGAGAAAAGAAAAUGAAGCUUGAAAUGUUGAACUGGUCCCAGUUGUGUUGUUACCAAGCUACGUAGAAAAUCACGCUGGAUUUGGAAGAUGUUCUGAUGUCAGAACAAUAAAUUACUCUUUGCGAUUUAGAACUGUUUUAUUUACUGGCAUUCAUUGACAUU